AUGGUCGGCAAACGCAAACGGGGCGGGGCAGUCGAUGACCACGUAGCGCGAAAGAAGACUAUCAAGGACAGCAAGGGCUCCGCAGCGAAGAUACCGCCGCAGGCGACGCAGCCACUCCUCACGGCCACGCCUUUCAAGUCUACUCGAGGAGAGAUCUCCACGGAGCGCUUGCAGCCUGCCACCGGAACCACGAUCCUGUUCGGACUCCCACGGGAACUCCGCGACAAGGUGUACCACGAGCUUUGGAAAGAUGGACCUCUCAUCAAGCAACAGUACGGUCGCAUCAAGUACGACAUAACAUACGUAUGGCCCGAGUGUGGAAAGUGGCCGGACGAGAGCUACAAACAUCCUUGGCUGCUCACAAACAAGCAAACCCUUCACGAAGGCAUCGAACAGCUACAUAGGCAAUCUGUCUGGCACAUGUUCGACUACCAUGAGCGCAAGUACAAGCACAACAAGCGAAUGAACCACGUCCUUCCACUUCUAACUCCCGGUUGCGCGCGAUCAGUUCGCAUUCACUUGAAUACUAUGCGAUCGAACCUCAACAUCGACGUCAAGUCCGCGCAUGGAAUGGUGGAGAAGAUCUGUGCCGAUCCGCGAGCUUCAUCUCUGCGAGGAAUAACUGUCACUCUCUAUUGUAAUGGCGGACCCUUUGGGCUCUCCGACAGAGAGUUUUACUGCAACUUCUCUCCGUUGGAGCGCUUGCAACAACUGGCCAGCUUGGAGGAAUUCAUCGUGGUCAUUGAGGGUGAACGACACUGGCCUGCGCCACAUUGGAAUCACCUCCGCUUUGAGCACGAUGCACAGCACCCGACGUACGAGCAGUUCAAGAAGGACUUCAACAAGCUAGCCAAGCUUCUGCUUCCUGAACAAAAGGUCAAGGUCAUGAAGGUCAACGAGAUCAUGAAGAGUUCUGCGCGGCCUGACCGUUGGCAACGGCGACUUGUAUUCUCUCGGAGCGUCUUCGCAGUUGCAACAGAACGCUUUUCUAAGGCCAUGACAUGA